UAGGCCCUAGUGUGUUUGGUUGCAUCGCGGCUUUGGCGCAUUUUCGGCUGGUUUGAUUCAUCCAUUUUGAAGAGACGGGGGAGCGGGGGGCUCGUCUGAUUAAGGGGCCCUGAACCAAGAAGCAGCGGAGUUUGAGAAGCCUGCAGCUCGGGGUUCGGCGGCAGCGGCCCCAUCGGCCGAAGUUGGGGGGGGUGGGGCGCCGAGCGCGCGGGGUGGGGGGGGUCCUGGUCUUUGGCUUCUCGACUCGGUCCUGUUUCGACAGCGAACAUGUCUCGGCCUGUCAGAAAUAGGAAGGUCGUUGACUAUUCACAGUUUCAGGAAUCUGAUGAUGCUGAUGAAGAUUAUGGAAGAGAUUCAGGCCCUCCAGCUAAGAAAAUUCGGUCAUCUCCCCGAGAAGCUAAAAAUAAGAGGCGAUCUGGAAAGAAUUCACAGGAGGAUAGCGAGGACUCCGAAGAAAAAGAUGUGAAAACCAAGAAGGACGAUUCUCACUCAGCAGAGGACAGUGAAGAUGAAAAAGAAGAUCAUAAAAAUGUACGCCAGCAACGGCAGGCAGCCUCUAAAGCAGCUUCCAAGCAGAGAGAAAUGCUCAUGGAAGAUGUAGGCAGCGAAGAAGAACAAGAGGAAGAAGACGAGACGCCAUUCCAGGAGAAAGAUUCCGGCAGUGAUGAAGAUUUCCUAAUGGAAGAUGAUGAUGAUAGUGACUAUGGCAGUUCAAAAAAGAAAAACAAAAAGAUGGUCAAGAAGUCCAAACCUGAGAGAAAAGAAAAGAAAAUGCCCAAACCCCGGCUAAAGGCCACAGUGACGCCAAGCCCUGUGAAAGGCAAAGGGAAGGUGGGGCGCCCUACAGCUUCAAAGGCAUCAAAGGAAAAGACUCCUUCUCCCAAAGAAGAAGACGAGGAACCAGAGAGCCCUCCAGAAAAGAAGCCCUCGGCAAGCCCUCCACCUGAGAAAUCAGGGGACGAAGGGUCCGAAGAUGAAGCCCAGUCUGGGGAGGAUUAAAAAAGUGAUGAUGGUUUGGGGAGAGAUUUUAUUAAAAAAAAAGAGAAAAAAAAAAGAAAAAAGAAAAAGGGGGAAAAAAAGAAAACCUACUUAAGAUAGAACAUGGUUUUGGCUAUGGCUUGACUCAUGGGCUUUCAGUGCUUUUUUCCUUUUCUUGAAAAUAACAUUCUCUCUCUCUUUUUUUAAGAAAACCAUUGUAAGUUUAAUUUACCUUUUUGUCUGUUGGUCCUCUCUUCGCCAUCACCCAUCUUUCCCACCGCUUCCCAAUGAAAGCCAUGUCAGAAUAAUCACUGGAUUGACGGCUUUACCUUUUUAUUUUUAAUGGAAGGUAUACCACAGUUGUAAAGCAAUAAGAUUUGAGAUGAACACUACGGAAAUUUUGCUUUUUUGCUAAAUGGUAGAAAAUGAACCGUAAUCAAAAAACAUAGAAGGGUUUUAGUUAAAAAUGAUUGCUUCUCUCUCUACCUGGACUUAAAAAAAAUCAGCUGUCAUCUAAUACAAGUUUAUAUGUCUAUAUACAUAAGUAUAGAUGUCUAAAAAAUCAUGAUGUUAAACUUCCCACUGAUGGGGCAGGUAGGACAUAAAGAUGAAUUCUGAAUUGUUACUAAAAGUAUUCCUAUUUUUUAUCUUGGGGGCAAGGCAGGGCAUGGUGUUACCUGACCUUGUUUGAGGGUGUGGUUUUUGGGGGGGAUGUUUUGUUUUUUGUUUUUUGGGGUUUUUUUGUAAAUUUCAUCACUUGUUAUCUCAAAGAGACCCGGAGCCAGUGAUCCUUUUAUCCUGCUACAGUCUUUCAGGAACUUUAAAAGAACAAAAAAAAAAAAAAAAAAAAAAAAAAGGCAAGGGCCACCAAAACUUAAAUCAGUCUUGAUUUCCUAUUUCAUUCUCUAAUGGUUCAUGUUUUUAAGUAUAUAUGUAUCUAUUCUGUUUCUUGGAUAAAAUUACCAAGGAUCAAAAAAAAAAAAAGAAAAGAAAAGAAAAGAAAAGAAAAAAACCUUUAGGAUUUAAACAGCAAGAUCUAUACACCAGAGUGGAUUUCUUCUUAACUGACAAUGUUUAGGUUUUAAGCAAAUAAAGUACCAAUUAAUGUGAAACUCAAUCACAAAGACUUGAGAUUUUUCCUUUAUGAAAACAGAAAAUUGAAAUUCUUUUAUGCCAAAAAUGUGCAUUCCGAUCCCAUGAACCAUGCUCUGUUUUUAUUUGGGGAUAGAACACUUUUCUUUUCACAUACCUACCCUCCCACUUCCUUGUAGACACAUGCAGUGCAUCUCCGCUUCCUGCUCCUACUAGGGUCCCACUGCAUACCCCAUCCCCAGAGCCCGCCAGCUCUGCUCUGGAACAUGAUUUCCCCCAGCCUCUCUCUGCUUCCUUCACGUUCUGUGCUUGACUAAGAGGGAGUGUGGUAAAGGCCACUCCCACACCCUUCAGUUUGCUUUUGUCCCUCUCCUUGUGCUCCUGCUUUACUGCUCGCCUUGCUUAAAGCAGAAGUUUCAGGGGCUCCAGGCCAGGGAGACCAUGUAGUUAGGAGCCCAUGUGCCGCUGAGAACAGACUGUCCAUGCCUUACGAAAGUAAUCAGGAGAUAGUUCUGUAGGUUUGAUCCUCCAUAUCCUGAUAACCACGAGCUCAUGGGAGCAAGGGUUAGGGGGCUUAGUGUGCUAAUAUGUUGAAAAAAAAAAAAAUAGUGAAAUUUAACCUUUGCCUUCUUAUGUAGGUGUGCUGCUUCGGUAUCUUAAGCGGUUUUCUUUCUGUCUUUUAUGUUAGAGCAUGUUUUUCUCUCAGACCACGUGGCUUUCUUGCAGAUGUUCCUAGGACAAAAGGUUAUUUAAGGAAUAUUUUUACUCUGAUUUUUAAGACACUUUAAAGACUGUCCUUCCUCUGUGACUUUUUAAAAAUAACACCCAGUGGCAGAGUCAUUUCACUGUUGCACACUUGUGUGUGUUAGAGAAUGAAUUUGGAGACUUUAGUACUUGGCCAAAAAUGCGAAACUUGAACGUAUGUUUCAGUUGGAUUAUUAUCUUUCAUGAUGGUUAACUUUAGAGUCGUGAACUUUGUAAUGAGGGGGAUGAAGAUUAUUCUAUUUGCUUUAGUGGGUUUUCGGGUAUCCAAUUUUAACAAGAAGGUUCGCGUUCAUCUAGUAACAAAAGACCUCUCAGUGUUUCCACCAUGCACUUCUGUUUUUAGGGGUUUGUAACUUUUAAGUCCUACAUUCCUAGUAACAUUUGGACUUUUCUUAGAUUAUGUUUCGUGAAGAUGGGGGGUCGGGGGUCUUUUAAAACUUUAGCCUCGGUAUUUUAUGUAACUUGGUCUCUAAUAUGUUAAUCUGCACUAACAUCUCCGUGAUAUACGCUCAUUCUUUAGAGGUAAUCUUGUCUUCUAGGUGACUUGUGCAUUUGGUUGCGAUCCCUUUUUUAAAAAAUUAAUUCAUGAGAUUGAAAAAUGUCUUCUAUAUUUCUAAUGGACUAGACAGAAGGAUCUGUGUCCCCAAGUGAGACAGGCUCUGAAUGACCUUUGUUUUCUCCACUUUUUAUUGAUGACUGAAAACACUAGGGUCUUCCCCUCCAAUCAUGCAAGCAUGCAGGAGGACAGCUGUGGUGUCUCAACUGGAAAUAGGUGCUCAAUAGACAGGCUUGACUGAUUGCGACAUCAGAACCGGGUCACAAGCUAGAAGCUGACAGUGACUGGCCAUUGGCACCACCCUUGACUCAACUCCUGUUUCUCCCUCUAGCGUGCCUAUGGUGAAGUGGCAAGAGCGUCACUCACAGUCUUGUUUGCAGUGCUCAGGAAGUGGGAUGUUCACUGGCAAGGUGCUUAUUUGUGGUACCCGAUUUCUCUUAGCUCUUCAGUUUACCUCUGGAACAUGGAUCUCGGCAGCUAUGCUGACUGACACUACAUUCUUACCAUUCUGUAUUUCCAGACGUCCCCUCCCCAACAUCCCCCGCUAGAAAUGCGUAGCUUGGAUCUUAAAUCCAUAACUUGCUGCUGCUUUUAGCUCUCCCCACCUCAGAUUGGAAUCCGUGGAGCGGCCCCCCAGGAGGCACAUCAAUUUCAGCCAUAGUGGGUUUGUUCUGCUUUCUUGAAACAUCUCUCCCUUUCAUAGCCUCACCCGCUAUGGCAUCCCUGAAGGGAAAUUAAUGGGUGUGCCCUUUAGGGAGGUAAAGGUGGGAGUGUUUCCCUCCGGAAGAAGAGUAGUUGAUUUCCCACCAAGGAGCUUGGAUAUUGUCCCCCCUCCUCCCCCCCCCCCUCCGCCACGGUAAUUGGUUUGCUCCGUUUCAGUUCUCAGUUCAUACUUCUCCUUGGCACAAGUUGAAAGAGCAUUUUUUUACAGGUAACAAAUCAAGGUGGAAUUUGAGGUUAUAAUCCAGUAAUUGACACUUGUGAAUAUGGUCCGCUAGACUGAACUUGACGCCUUUAAAAAAAAUCUUUUAUCCAUGAACCUACAAGUAUCAAGUGGAUUUUGGCUGACUGGUUGGGAGAAGGAGGUGCUUUUCUUUAAACCAGUUUAGAAGAUGCUUUGAGCGUAGUAGGUAGGCGAGGGCAGAAUUUACCAGGAGCAACAAGGGAAGCUUUUUAUAAAAGAUCAUGUGGCCAUCGUUGCUGUUCUAAAGAGUGGGGGGUUGGAUUUGACCAGUUCUUUCUGUUCCUGCAUCACCAGUAGCUGCACAGUGAAGAAAACUGUCCGCUUGGGAGUUUGGGAAGAGCAAAACCUGGGCUCAGCUCUUUCAUGGCAGUCACAUAACUUCAGCAGAACAAGUUAAUAGACAUUUCCUGCCACAGGAUAGAGAAGAUAAAACAAGCUGUUUGCUCUUGGGGUCAGAAAAUUGUCCUCUCUGUGCAUAGAGCUGGGUUUAUUAGAAAAGGGACUUAGUUUGAAUAUUGGGACAUCAAGGUAUCUAUAGCCACGUUUCGAUCUACAACCCAUUCUCCCUUCAUCUUGGGAUAAACUUGAUACAAAAGGACUCUCUGAAUCCCAAAUCCCUAAGUUACACCUUUUUUCAAAGCCUAAUUCACAAAAUUCACAGUGGUGCUGACUGUGUAUUAACCACUAUUGGGAAAAGUCCUGUCAACCUGCCUGUUGCCAUGCCAAUGGGGGGAACUGAGCUGAUGACAUCUGUCUGAGCUGGUGGAAUGCCACCAUUGUGCAUAUACUUUGUACAUCAGGGGUGAAGGGAGGGUUUUCUAGAUUUAUGGGGGGAGGGUAAAAUUGGGAUUUUUUUUUUGGUUGUUCUUUUUUCAAUGGGGUGUAGGGGUAUAGUACUCAGCUUAUGCUCUAAAUAACAUGUAUAAACCGCCCCCCCCCCGAAGUAUUGUGUGUGUGUGUGUGUGUGUGUGUGAGUGAGUGUGAGUGUGUGUUUGCAUAUGUCUGGCAGUAAACUUGUCUUCGGGAAAUUAGUGAACUCUUUUCUUCUUUUCCUCCAGAAGUAUUUGUUACAAGAUUUGUAAAUAAGAGCUCUAAGUAGAGUUUGUUUACCAUGAACAUGUUGCAGCAAACCUUAUACACCUAAUUCAAGCAAGAUUUAAAGAAGGACUUGAAGACUUGCCAGGUUAAGCAGCAGCCAAGUUCUCAGUGAUUGUUUGCCUUGAUUCAUCUUUCAGACUUCGUUUUGGCCAUCUCUAAAACUCCCAGUCUUCCUUGAUUUUAGUUCUUAAUCUUCUGUGUUCUGAGCAGGAAGGAUUAUAGAGAGGAACCUGUUUAAAUGUAUUUAAUUAGUCCAUGGGCUGAGACGGGGGGGGGGGCAUCCCUUUCUUAAUACUACAGUGUUGCUAGGUCCAUGAUCAGACGCCGGGGGAUGGGCAUCCUUGUGAUACCUUCACGGUGCUGACAGACGCAGCAUGGUACUAAGGAAGUUAAAGUUUGAAUGUAACCACUUUAUUUAAACGAUUUUUUUAAUUUAAAUGAAAUGAGGUUGAAGUGAACAUGAUUUUGUUGACCAUGUUCGUGAAUUAUAGAUGCAACGUGCAUUGGUAGACUUGUGUGAUGGUCUUUUGUGACACUUAAUUUUUACAUAUCCCAGUCUCUGUAUGUAUCUGCAUAGACAAAGAAAAGACAAACUCCUGCUUUCUUUUACUGAAGGGUCUCCAGGACUGCGUGUCUGCUCCUGAGCUCUGUUUUGAGUAUGUGUAUCCUUUGCUUGUAUUUUGUAUUAAAAAAAAAUAAGAAAAAGAACCCUUUAUUGUUGAGCAUGUUGGCAUUGUCCCCUUUAUUUUUUUUUUUUUUUCUCUUUUUGGGACAUAUGAAGCAAGUUAUUCUUUCUCUGUAUCUUUUUUUUUUUCCUUUUGUAAACUUUUUUUUUUGUUUUGUUUAAAAAUGGCUUUAUAAAAGGGCUUUUAUAACCCA